CCGCCCGACUUCCCGUCGGAGUCGGCACCCCUUCGUCGCACCACUGCUGUAUGCCUCACACUCCAUCUCAACCUUUCCUCCCACACCAACAAGCUUUGCCAGGCCUCGACACUCGCAACCCAAGAGCAAAGCACAACUCGCUACACAACUAAAGUCACAGGAGUCAGCCAUGGAGAGCCCGAUGGUAGUCCCUUCCCACCACCAAGAAUACGGCAGCGAGCCGACAGCAGCAGCAGUAGACGCAGUUGUCGACGACGACGACACCCCGGAGCCACCAACCAAGCAGCAGAAGCUCAUCAAGGCCGGACUACUAUUGGCCCUCGUGGUCAUCGUUGUGUACGUCAUCCUCGACUACACGGUUCCCGGCCUAGGCUUCGUCGCGGAUACCCUGACGUCCUUCCUGGAGUGGGUUGAGGACAACCCCGGGCUCGGUGCGCUUGCCUUCGCCCUGGUGUACGUCUUCACCACCGUGUGCUUUAUCCCCGGCUCGCUGCUCACGCUGGGGGCUGGCCUGGUGUUCGGCCGAGCGCUGGGGACUGGCUUGGGCAUUCUCGUCGGGUCCCUUGCUGUGCUGGCCGGUGCCACAGUAGGUUCCAUCUUGGCCUUCUUGCUGGGCCGCUUCGUCCUCCAAGAGCAGGCACAGGGGCUGUUCAACAAGUUCAAGGUCCUCAAGGCCGUCAACCGUGCCAUCAAGUCGCAGGGGUUGAAGCUCGUGAUUCUCCUUCGUCUCUCUCCCGUGGUGCCGUUCAGCGCCUUCAACUACGUCAUGGGAGUCACGGACGUCUUCUUCAGGGACUACGCCAUCGGUUGUGUGGGGUUCAUCCCCGGAACCGUUGCGUUUGUGUUCAUCGGCACCACCGCGUCCGGCCUGUUGGGAGACGACUCGGAGGAGGAGGAGGAGUCUGAGGACGGGAACAACGGCACGGUGCAGCUCAUCGUGGGGAUUGUCGGGGGCAUCGCAACGGUGAUCGCGGUCGUGCUGAUCAGCAUCUACGCCAAGCGCGCCCUGAACAAGGUUUUGGAGGAGGACCGGGUAGAGCAGGAGGCGCUGGAGAUGGGCUUGGAAAGCGGCAAUGGGGGGAUGAACAAUAUGGAACAGUCGGCUCAAGAUGGCGCGCGGCCAGCGGUGGUAGAGCACGCCGUUCGCAUGCCGGUCUAAAGGUUGGGGAGAGCGAGGGCGAGAGGAGAAGGACACAAAAUGCAGAAUUGGUGCCUGGUUCUGCUGCGGCGGUCCUUGUAUGCAGUUGGGGGUGGGUGGGCAGGGGGAGGGCUUCGCGAGUAGAGAAUCUUCGCUGCUAUCUUGGUAGUGCGCAUGGGCGCUUAACUAUCUGUUCAACGACGGCAACCUUACGUCGUCCGUCCUGGGUGUUAUUCUCCCUCCGCCUCCUGUAAACGUG